GAAUAACAGGCCGCGGCUAACAUGGAGUUUCGCCCUCCAGUUUUUCCUACUUGCGAUUGUUGGGAUCACGACAAAUCAAGGAUUCUACUUGCUGGGACUCGACCACACCUCACCUAACUUUUGCAUCGGCUGUCCAAAACUCCAUCCCGGUCUUAACAUUCCUCAUGGCC